AUGGAUGCGACAAUAAAUGACUUUUGGCGAAUGGUAUGGCAAGAGAAGCCGAAGAGCAUUAUAAUGCUGUGCAAAUUGGUUGAAGGCGGCAAACCGAAAUGCGCCAAAUAUUUCCCCGAGAAACACGGAGAGACGAAGCAGUUCGGUAAGGUGACCGUUCAGAACGUGAAGACGACGUCGCCGGCGAGUGAAACUGUAUAUUUUUUAUUAUUAUUUUUAUUGUUUUUAUCAUUUUAUUAUUAUUUAUUAUUAUUUUUAUUAUUAUGUUAUGGUUGUUUUUAUGUUAUUUAUUGUUAUUUUUAUAACUUUUGCUAUUGUUUUUAUUACUGUUUAUUAUUUGUUAUUAUGUUAUUUUAA